ACAUGACUUCAGGUGUGGAAAAAUCUAUUUUUCCAUUCAAUAAAUACAUCAUCUCAAAUUAUUGCAACCAGAAGUUUCUCUUUAAGAAUGAAUGAAAGCAUCCAGUGAACAUUGCUGAUCAAUUCUUAUUGUGAAGCCAUGGCGAUGAAGUGGAGUGUAGUUUGUCUCGUGGCAGUGGCCAUGCUUGGCUGUCUGUGUGUUGCUCAGAAUUGGCAACCCUUCAGUAAACCAGUGCAGCAACCCUUCAGACCCAUUCGUCAGCCACCUCAGCAGCCUCAGCAGCCUCAGCAACCACCGUAUCAGAAACCCAGGCCCCCACCAAAAGACCAAACCCAGGCCAAGCAGAAGUUUGACACACCAUUGGAUUGGACCUAUCCUCUGGACCCAAAGCCAGAGCCCAAGAUUAUUGGAGGCUCAGAGACGAGAACCCCUGUGGCUGCCAAUUCAGUGAGGGCUGAGUGCAGGGAGAACAUGGUCCACGUGGAAGCGAAGCAUGACCUGCUGGGGAUCGGCCAGUUGAUCCAGCUAGAAGACCUCACUUUGGGAGACUGCCCUAUGUCUGGAUUUGACAAUGUCAACCAGGUGCUCAUCUUUGAGUCUCCGCUGCAGUCAUGUGGCAGCCAGCUAAGGAUGACUAUCAACUCCCUCAUCUACAUCUUCACUCUAUAUUACAAACCCAAACCUCUGGCAAACACCCCCCUCAUCAGGACAAAUGAAGCGAUGAUCAAUAUUGAGUGCCACUAUCCAAGGAAACACAAUGUGAGCAGCCUGGCCCUGAUCCCAACCUGGACCCCUUUCUCCGCUGCUAAGUAUGCAGAGGAACUCCUGUACUUCUCCAUGAGGCUCAUGACUGCUGACUGGCAGUAUGAGAGGGCUGGUAACAUGUACGUGUUGGGUGAUAUGAUAAACAUCGAGGCCUCUGUCAUGCAGUACUUCCACGUUCCCCUGCGUAUCUUUGUGGACAGCUGUGUGGCCACCCUGGAACCCAACAUAAACGCCAAUCCCAGAUACGCCUUCAUUGAGAAUCAUGGGUGUCUGAUCGAUGCCCAAGUGACAGGUUCCCACUCCCAGUUCAUGCCUCGUUCUGCAGACUACAAGCUGCAUUUCCAGGUGGAGGCUUUCAGGUUCCAGAGCCAGAAGGGGAGUGACCCAAUUAUUCCGCAGAAAACAAAGAUACCUUCUCAGCUUGCUGCAGAUUAUCCCGCUACGCUCGACAUGAUCUUCCUUACCUGUCACCUGAAGGCAACCACAAUCGCGUUCCCCAUUGAUUUUGAGUACAAGGCCUGCUCUUUCAUUAAUACGUGGAGGGAGGCUGGUGGGAAUGAUGGAGUGUGUGGCUGCUGUGACUCCACCUGUAGCAACAGGAAGGGACGCGAUACCACUCAGCAUCAAAAACCAGCAAAUAUAUGGGAGGGAGAUGUUCAGCUUGGUCCCAUCUUUAUCUCGGAAAAGGUUGAGCAAUAAAUUCAGACCCUGCCAUUGGCAUGCCCAUUGAAAUAAACAAAGUUGAUGGUU